AUGGCGGAGCCGCGAACAAAGAAAACAACGCUUGCGUGCGAUUCAUGUAGGCGUCGCAAGCGUAAGUGUGAUGGUCGGACGCCCGUCUGCUCCCUCUGCGAAAAGGGAAACAUCGAAUGCGUGUACGAUGCGACAAUUGAUCAGCGAAGACCAGCGCAGAAAAACUACGUUGCAGCGCUGGAGGCGCGCGUCAAGCUCCUUGAGGGCAUCUUGAAAGUUGCUGGCACUGGCGAUAUUUCUGACCCUUCCGGCACCAAUACCGAUCAAACGGAAGAGAUUGACUUUGAGUUCGCCCAACUGCCUGAGGCUACCUCUUCGGCGUCACAAACUGCAUUAAACCAGCCGACUGCACCGCUGAAUCCCAACACCGAACCGACUUUCGUACCUGCUGAUGCAGCUACUACCGCCGAUGGGCUCCAGCUCAUGGCCCAGCCCCAAGUUGAUCAAAGUAAUACUGCCCAGGAACUUGAUCUAGGGAUGGAAGGGUAUGAGCCAGGGGCAAGUCUCGAACUGGAGCAUCAGCUGCUGGCCCAGUUCUGGGACUGGCAACGGAUGCAUCUACCUUAUGUCGCACCCGUCCCUUUCCUUUCUGCGUAUGCGAUUUUCUCAGAGGCAGUUCAUCCCGGCGAGCCCAUUCCACCGCCUCCACCUCCGCCCCCUCCAAACCCAUUUUCUGGUCCCACUGCUAUAGGAAUUCCCAGAGCUAGUGAUGUCGAACCCACCCCGGACCUUGCUCAAUUUAUCAGCCCGUUGCUAUUGGAUGCCAUGUUUGCUAUUGCGGCACUCUUCCGCGGGAAUGCUGAAGUUAGCGAACGGUUUUACGAGAGGGCGAGACUGAAAUUAUUCGACGAAGUAGCCAAGCCACGUCUUGCCACCGUACAAGCGGCGACCCUCAUGUCCACCUGGGAACUGGGACAUGCUCGCGCACCCGCGACAUGGACUCUGAACGGUGUGGCUGUUGCCUUGUGUGUUCGUUUGGGUAUGAACAUCGAUGCAACACCGCUUGUUCGUAGUGGAGCCAUGUCUAAGCGGUUGUUUGAAACACGUAAUUUUGUCUUUUGGACCACAUACAACUUUGACAGGUUUGGCGCUACUUGCAUGGGACUACAUCCUUUAAUGGACCGCCGCAUCAUCAGUACUCCGCGCCAUUCCUCCCUCGCUGAGGCAAACGUCCUUGAAUCUUCUAAAAAGGAAGAGACCCCAACGGCUAGUUCAAGCACCUCAGGCCUUGCUUCUGGCUCUCAGUCGCUACCUUCUGAAAGGCCCACAGCAUCCGAUGUUGCGACGACAUGGUGGAAUCCAAGCACCCUGGGGAUGGGUGAUGUGCUUAUUCAGGCCGGGUGGGAAGCACUACGUGACCUUAUCCGUAUGUCAGAUAUGCUGUUUGACGGGAUAUAUGCAUUCAAUGCGCCAAGCCGAACACCCAGGGAGAUUCUUGAACUCGUGACUCGCAAUAAUGUCACUAUUCAGCGCUUCCUUGACGACAUGCCGGCAUGGAUGCGUUCGACUGGAGCGAUUCGAAGGAAAGACAACGGGCUAGUUUACCUUCACCUUUUCACCCAUCUCACCAGCAUACUUACUUGCCGCCCAUUCUUGACUCCCCCAGCUCCUUCCACGGGUGUUAUAUCGAACAACACAAGCACCGAAGUCUCACAGGCCACAAGUUCAUCCCAUAUUAUCAGGCGUUAUCGCACGCUAGCAUUCCGCGUCGCACGUGCAUCUGCUCUUCAGAUUAUGUCACUUGUCCGGCAUAUUCCACUCUCUUCACCCUGUGUGACACUUCCAUAUGCCAUUUACAGCGCAUGUACCAUUCUAUUACUUUCGCCCGAAGAUCCUGCUGCAAUGGAUGGCGUACGCACGGGACUGGUGUGCUUGGAUAGCAUGGACGAGACCGGGUACUGGGUUGACAGUGCCAAGGAUGCAAGCGAUCGAAUCAAAGCACUCGCGAGGCGUUGGUCCGUUGUGAUUGGACCUGGAAAACGUGUUCUGGGUUUAUUGCCUUCUAGUGGACCGAGUGUAUCGACAGAGGGUGCAUCCGGGUCUGGAGAAAGGCCAUCCAGGCCACAAACCGGCGAUCUUACUGCAGCAGGGGAUUCCUCUCAAGGAACUCAGUCAUUAUCACCAGCCGCGGUCGAAGCUAACAUUCCAUCCGGCUCUCAAUCUGGCCAGCUUUCAGCAGAAACGACUCGCCCCUCCACCGGCGCGGACUCCAUUCCCCUAUCAUCCAAUACUCAAACUCAUAUACCUACCCAGCCUACUUUAUACUCGCAUAAUCUUCCAGUCGAACACCAGGUUCAACAAGUCGUUCAGGGAUAUGAUACUAUCUCCGGUCAGAUGUAUGCGUCUCAAGCCUAUACUGGUGAUGCUACCACAGUUCCCACCCGACACUAUGACCUUAGCUUUCAAGAGGCUGAUAUCGACGCUGCGAUCGCUCAAGCACUGCAAGACUUUGGCUCAACUCAGAAUUAUGUCGACCCGCUUACUCAACAUUAUUCUGAUCAAAAUAUCGCAGCUGCAACGGGAACUCAUCACUAUGCCCAGAUACAUCAGGCGAACCCACAUUCCCAGCAACAAACCUAUUCUGAUACUCAGACAUAUACACAGGAGUCACCAGCGCAGCCGUCGGAAUACAUACCGCCCCCGCAGUAUGCACGGGACCCAGUCGCGAUGAGAAGGCGCCAGGAGCAGCGCCAAUCUCAAGGGGAGCAAGGACGCCCUCAUCAAGUACAAUAUCCUCAACAGGUACAACACCACCACCCGUAUAUACGUCAACCAAAACCUACGAGAAAGCAACAGCCUAUGCCCCACGUUGCAUACGCUCUCUCCCAUGCCGAGCCGCAGCACGAUUUGCACAUUGACCAUCAUCAUUGGCAUGCCGUGCUUCCACCUGACCCCAACGUCCCGUUCCCGCCCGACCCAACCGCGUGUACCGACAUGGCAGCCUGUUUCUCACACACGAUUGAGCAUUCGCAUGACCCGGCAUUUGUCAACUCGAUGACGGAUCCUUAUGCCGGAGUUUCGGUCGAUUGGCUUGCUGACGUUGGAUCCAGCUUCCCUGCCAUGACAUUUGAUACAUACUAUAGUCCUAGUCAAGUUGGUUCUAGUUCUGGCGCUGCGGGGCCAAGCAUGUAUACACAAGUUCCCGAAGGGUAUGGAGGACAAGGAGGGUAUGGCUAUAUGGGUGGGCCUGGAAUGUAA